AAAGAUGAAAACUGAAAAUUUUAGCCAAGUGUUUGACGCUUGAUACCCUCUCAAAUUUCAAAGAUUUACCCUGUCCGCUGCUUUUUAGGAAAGCCAGUACGAUUGCUUCUCCAACUACUAGCAAGACAUAAAACCCAAGCAGCGACGCCGCCUUAGACAUGGAGGCAGUGCCUAUAGACACCGAAAGCUUCAAGCUUGGCUUCAUCGGAGCCGGCAAAAUGGCUGAGAGCAUUGCCAGAGGAGUGGUGCAAUCUGGUCUUUUGCCUCCCCAGCGUAUUUCCACAGCAAUCCACUCAAAUCCCGAUCGUGGUAUUGGCUUCAAAUCACUCGGCAUCCCUGUUUAUGGUCACAACAACGACGUUGUGGAUGCUAGUGAUGUGAUCAUUUUCUCCGUGAAGCCCCAAGUAGUUAAAAAUGUGGUCUUGCAGCUGAGGCCGUUACUUUCAAAGAAAAAGCUUUUGGUUUCCAUUGCCGCUGGAAUAAAACUGAAGGAUCUGGAGGAAUGGGCUGGCCAUGGCCGAUUUAUCCGGGUGAUGCCUAACACACCAUCUGCUGUUGGUAUGGCAGCAUCAGUUAUGAGCUUGGGAGAAUCUGCUACAGAACAGGAUGGGGAAUUAGUUGGUAAAUUAUUUGGAUCAGUUGGCAAGAUAUGGAAAGCUGAUGAGAAAUUGUUUGAUGCUGUCACUGGCCUUAGUGGCAGUGGUCCAGCAUAUAUAUAUUUAGCGAUCGAAGCUUUGGCUGAUGGCGGAGUGGCUGCCGGUCUUCCACGAGAACUAGCAUUGGGACUGGCUUCUCAGACUGUUUUGGGAGCAGCUUCCAUGGCUGUUCAGUCUGGGAAGCACCCUGGUCAGCUGAAAGACGAUGUUACAUCGCCCGGUGGCACUACGAUCGCCGGCAUUCACGAGCUAGAGAAGAACGGCUUCCGUGGAACAUUGAUGAAUGCAGUUGUGGCUGCUGCCAAGCGUAGCCAAGAACUUUCCAAGACUUGAAAGAGUCCUAUGGAUUCUUUUGAAAUAUUGGAACAGAUGAUUGCUGGACAAUCAUUUUAUAUAUGCCUGUUAAUAAGUGUUGUUUUAAAAGCUUGAACUCGGUUCGAGAUAAAAUUGAAUUGUUCGAACUCGCUCAACUAGGGAUGAUAAUGGAUAAUGCAGAUUCAGAUAUUUGAAGCUA